AUGAACUAAAAUCAAAACUUUUAUAUAUCAAUAAAGUUCAAACAAAAAAAGAUCGAUUUAAUAGAAGUACAAGAUAAAACAGAUGCUGCUUAAUUAGCCAUAGAAUUUUGUUAACAACACCCAGAAUAUUUGGAAUACAGGUACCGAUUGAUGAAAGUAAUUGAAGCUAUAAUUUUACUUCAUAAAUUUAAAUGA